AUGUUUUCAAUGCUAUUGUCAUCUACUGCUGAAGAAGAAGAAUGGGAUUGGGAAGGCUUGGAAUCUGUAGAUCCAGAAUUGACCGAAGCCUCAAAGGAAGAAGAAAUUACUGAAGAAGAUUUUGAGAUCAAGUCCAUGUUGGAUUUUGUUGGAUUUGGACAUUUGCUAACUCUUCCCUCUGCUGAUCAUCCAAUGAUGAAACAGUUGGAAAAUGUUGAGCAAUCUCAUCAACCAACUCCACUUUCGCUCGUUCAACCUCAGUUGCAAGCACAGGCUACUGUUGAUACGCUCGUCAUGCCUCCGCCAACUACAGCUUUGGACAAUCAUGGUUACAACUGCGACUACAAUGGCAUUCAUCAAGGCUUUCCAUCAUCAUUGAUUCGUGUUCCUAGUAAUGCGAUCGGUACUACAUUCACUUCAUUGGUCUCCAACGAGCCUCAAUUAUUGACCUCUCAUGCUUAUCCAGGAUUUUCUCAACAGCCGCAGCAGCACCUUGCCAAUCUCAGUGGUGGACCACUUCAGCAUCCAAUCCAAUCAAACAGGACUCUUUCCAUGCUACACCCCUAUUCAACCUUGAAUGGAGUAAUUCAGCCAUUGGUUCAGCCUUACACUGGAAGUAUGUUUGCACAAGGUAAUACUUACUCAAUGAGUGAUCAAGAACGCAAACAUCAAUUGUUGUCUCUUAUUGAUCAAGCGACUUAUGCAUUGCAAGAUCUUUCAAGUCUGGAUGUCAGUGAUGUUCGUGAUCCUUUGCUUUUGAGACUGAAAAAGUUGGUAGAAUUGGGUCAGCAUUACAUCUCCCAUCUUGAAACCACCUCUCAAAUUGAUAUUCAUGCCAUCACUAAAAACUGGAAGCUUCGCAAACCCACAGGAGAUCCCUCGAAAGGGUCAAGACGCCAAGAAUUUGAUGUCAUGAUGGAACAUCACAAAAAGAAUUUGGAAGGAUUGGAAGGUCAGGAAAAGGCCAAGGCUGAAUCAAAAGUUUUUAGAGAAGCUGCUGACAAGAUUGGACUUUCUGAAGCUACCAAACUCACUCACAAGUCAGCCAUCAGAAAUUACCUUGGUUUUUGUAUUGAAAAGGGUUAUUCUCCAUUUGUUACCACAGCUUGUGGCUCUCAGAUCAAUUUAGAAACCUAUGAUUCAUGGGUCUUGUGGUUAGUAGAACCAAAAGAGAAUGGCAAAACAUUCAAAUACAAUACGGUUAAACGUUAUGUCAGUGCCUGUAGAGCUUGGUGUUGUAGACAUUUCAUCAAGUAUGCAAGAGAAAAGAAGUCUUACGAAGCUAUUCAACAAAUGAAGACUGCAUCGAAAUUGGUGGACGUGGAGGAGGUACAAGCAGCCAUCUUACCACCCAUUGAUAUUUUUCGAAUGUUGCAUGGGUGUGAUUGGAGCUCUGAAAAGGGGCUAAGACUAGCCAGUCGAAUGCUCGUUUCAUUUGUUUCAGGAGCUCGUCCUCUUUCCCUUGCUAAAAUUCAAUUGAAGCACUUGCAAUUACAACCCAAGUUUAUGAAUGGUAAACUCCAAUCCAUGGAUGUUCGAGUGAAAAUUGUCCAUGACAAGGUUGAAAGUGCUACAAAUAGACACCAAACAUGGUUUUCUGGAAAUCGAGUGGGUUUAUGUAACAUCAUUUUGCUCAUGCAAUACUUGUCAAAAAGACAAGUAUUCACUCAUGGAACUUUUGAAAAUGCUCUCAAUCAUGAAUUUAUUCAAUUCAAGAAGGAAUGUUUGGAUGAAUACUUGUUCAGUGACAUUGGAAAGGGUCUCGAACCACAACCAUUAGAAAAUUUUAGAUAUGAAUUGAAAUGUAUUGCCAAAAAUGUUGGAAUUCAAGAAGAAAAGGUUUGUCCCUAUUCCUUCAGAAGAUCAGGAGCCACAUGGUCCGUAGGUAACUCCAUCAUUGAGAAGGGUUCUAUUACCCAAAAUGAUCUUGAAGUCAUUAUCCGAUAUUAUGGAUGGAAAUUUGCUGCCAGCAAUGAAAUUGCACGUAAAUACAUGGACAAGAGAUUACUCGAAUUCUUUGAUGGAGCCAUUCAAUUUAUGGGUUUGCAAUCCAAUCGAAAAUGGACAGAGGAAGAUUUGGAGAGAAAAUUUAGAAAAACUCCUUCAGAUGAACCUGGAUACAAUUAUCACUCGAUUCGUUUAGCAAUGCCAGACUAUUUCAAAGAAGAAAUUGCAAAAUUCCAUCAAAUUCAAUACAAUGAAUUGAUUGGUGAGAAUAUUGCCAAAGCAAUUGAUCGAUGGACUUUUGCCAAGCUCCAACAAUUACAAGUUGCGACAAGUAUCGAUGUGAAAGUCAACUUGGUUACAUUAUACCGCUUGUUUCUCCAUUUCAAUCGAAUCAAGAUUCUUGAUCAGUUAAAAUCUCUGACAUGUUUUCAUGGGGAUGUGAGUCAUGCGGAAAUGGCCAUGGAGGUAAUUGGAGAUGAUUCUAAUAAGGUGAAACCACCUCAAUUGACUAGUGAGGUGGUCAAGGGUACUCCUCAAUUGACUAGUGAGGUGGCGGUUGUGACUCCUCCUCAAUUGACGAGUGAGGUGACCAAAGAUACUGCACCUCCAUCAGCGUGUGAGGAAAAUCGAACACCAAAGGACAUGACCUCUCUUUUGGAACUUUUACAAUCGAUUGCACAAGAAUCCUCUUCGAACACGACUCGUGUUUCAGACUCUCCCAAAGAAAGUAACAUCAAUACACCCUCUGGCCUCUCUUUCAACUUGUUGAACCACAAAAAGGAAGAGAGAUUGUUAAAUUCCGAGUUACCGCUCCCCAAGAACAAGCAUGGUCAACAUGUGAGUGCACAAUUAUUUUGGACCUCCUUGAAACCAGGACCUAAAAUGAAAAAACCUGUACGAAAGGAAAACAAACGAAGAAUGAAUGAGAAGAAUUGGGAAAAGAUUAUUCCACGUAUUGCCAUGGAUGCUGCCACCUUGCUGGACAAAUAUCCACAACUGGUGGAUCAAAUCAAAGCAACCAAAGAAUAUGGUCUGGCUCUUGACUGGUUGAGUGAGUUUGAGAGUUAUGGGAUGUGUCAACGAUUGGAGAGUCGAUUGAGCACCUUUCCAAAUUGUGGGUACAUUGAACAAUUUAUUGUGAGCGUAAUUGAGCUUACGAAUGCCUCCUUCAAGAUCAUUACGGAAAUUUGGAUUCGAGAGGAGAUUAUUUCUCCAAGUACAGACAAUCCUAGAAUGUAUGAAAUUAACAGUGGACAAUUAUUGGAGGCUCAAAAUGUAUACUCAUUGAGAGAUGUUCAAGGUGACGAGAUUGAUGAAAGUUUUAUUCAAACCACAUCUCGUACCGUUGUUCAUCUUGAUGCAUCUCAAGUGACACUUGAGAAUUAUGAACAUGCCUCCAAAGACAUUCUCAGACAAUUCAUGAGGAAGAAAUUGGGGUCCAUCAGCAACAAGGUGAUUAAUCACUUGAAACUAUGCAACUUGAUACAAGCCUCAAAGACAAUAUUGGAGUGUGAGCGUGAUAAAUUGGAAAUUGAUGGAGAUGCAUUGAAGAAGGAGCUUGCAGAAAUUGCAUUGAAAAACAAAGAAGCGUCAUCGUUGUCUGACAUUGUUAACAAAAUCACAAUAGAAUUGACCUUGGCAGACUACAAACAAGCAACAUCGAACGGUUUGCGAUCGUUUAUUCGCUCUCAAAUAGGCUCCACCAGUAACGACAUUUUGAAUCAUUUACUGAAGAAGGAAAUGCAACAAAUUGUAGAGCAAUUGUUGAAAGAGAAAAGUACACACGAGGAAAUUAAGUCACAAAUGAUCGACUGGUCCAAUGCAAACAAGGAACGCAAAAAAAAACAAUCUUCUUCAAAAAGGAAACAGAAAGAUGAUAAUAACUCCAGCGAGGACGAAGAAGAUAAAAAACCAAAGAGAAAACAGAAAGAAGAUCCUAACACCAAACAAACCAAGAAAUCCAAGAAAUAA